AUGAGUAUGACUGGGAAAAGCUAUAAUGUUUAUAAUGCUGCCUAUUCCGUGGCACACGCCUUACAUGCCAUGUAUACUUUUGCAUCAAGACGUGCAAUGAUAAGGAAUGGCAAGAGGCUUCUGGAUGUUCAGCCAUGGCAGAAGCUGCCCUCUUCCAGGUGUGUGGAGAGCUGCCUGCCAGGGUACAGCAGAAAAGUUCUAGAAGAAAAGCCGCCUUGCUGUUAUGAAUGUAAACUUUGUCCUGAAGGGAUGAUUUCUGACCAUACAGAUGCUGACCGUUGUGUCCCAUGUUCAGAAGAUCAAUAUCCAAACAAGAACAAAGACCAAUGUAUCUCCAAGAACAUAAGCUUUCUUUCCUAUCGAGAGAUUUUGGGGGUGGUUUUGGCUUCUCUUGCUCUUUUGCUGUCUCUGAUCACAACCCUAGUUCUGACAACUUUCAUUACAUAUCGAGACACACCAAUCGUCAAAGCUAACAACAGAGAACUCACCUAUGUCCUCCUCAGCUCCCUCCUGCUCUGCUUCCUCUCCUCCUUCCUCUUCAUUGGUCGACCUACAAGGGUCACCUGCCUUCUGAGACAAAUUGCAUUUACUGUAAACUUCUGUGUUGUUCUUUCCUCGAUCUUGGCCAAAACGAUCAUGGUAGUUGUGGCCUUCUUGGCCACUCAGCCAGGAAACAGGGCCAGGGAACUGUUGGGGAGACAAGGAGUGAACUCCAUUGUCCUGGCAUGUCCCCUCCUCCAAGUUUUUAUCUCUGCCAUUUGGCUAGGAACCUCUCCCCCAUUCCCCAACUUGGACUUCCAUUCCUUGGCCAAGGAGAUCAUAGUGGAAUGUAAUGAGGGGUCCGUCAUCAUGUUUUACACAGCCCUGGGAUACAUGGGAUUUCUGGCCCUGGUCAGCUUUGUGGUGGCUUUCCUAGCCAGGAAACUCCCCGGCAGCUUUAACGAAGCCAAGUUUAUCACCUUCAGUAUGCUGGUCUUUUGCAGCGUGUGGAUCUCCUUCAUGCCCACCUACCUGAGCACGAAAGGGAAGGCUAUGGUGGCCGUGGAGGUCUUCUCCAUCUUGGCCUCUGGUGCUGGUCUCCUGGGCUGCAUCUUCCUUCCCAAAUGCUACAUUAUUUUCCUGAGGCCUGAUCUCAACAGCAGAGAUCACCUCCUAAGGAACAAGAAAUACAGGAACCUACAUUUCUGA